GAACAGGAUUAAGACAGGGUCUUUUGAUGGAAUUCAGAUUAUUAAGUCAAGCUGUAAGGGCACCAAAGGAUCCAGGAAUUCGAAGUUAUUCGGCAAAACUAGUGCAAAUGGGAACAAGACUAAUUUGCACCAGGAAUAACAGAAGCAGGGAGUAUAGGGAGAGUGCAAGUAGGACGCAAUGGCCUAUUUACAACAGCAUUGCUGGUAAUGAGCACCAUCAGAUGCCCAAAGUUUAUGAGAAUAAUAUCGCCUACCACCAAAGAGCUACUUCUGAGCAACCUACUCAGUACAAACAGAGUAAAGAGACUAAGAAGACAGCGAAAAGGUAUACAAAGAGUAUCAGAGACAACAAUUGGCUAGAUUUGGUGAACCUUCAUGAUCACUUACGAGAAGUUGCUUCCAAAAGAGAAAAGAUCAACAGAAAGCAUAUACAGAAGCUCCAGAUGGAAUACCUUGAUAAACAAAUAGAGAAAAACAAAGAGAAAAGAGCUAAGGAAAGUAUCGAACAGAGUCGAAAUGGAUGGAAUACCAUUAACGAAAAUAUGCACAAAAGUUCUCAUUUUGCUGCUUUUAAUCAGUACCAAAAGAACUUAACAAAGGAUGAAGACGGUGCUAAUAUUUAUGGCUGGGGUGAUCCAUCCCUAAAGUACCUUAGGAAGGAAAUAAAAGGGCAGCAUGAUAAGAGAUAUUCAGUUGAUUCAGGUGUUCAUACUGUAGAAAGCAAGCAUAUCCUCUACCCUUUACUAAACAAAUCAAGGAGGAAACAAUUUUAUAAAUAAUUUAGCAGCUUUCUGUAAUAAAGAAAACCAUAAGUUGAGCAUGAAGAAGAGUAAACAGAAGAAGUCUGAUAUGAAUGAAAACCUUAAAGAUUUUGAUAAAAGAUACAACAGGAAGUUGAUCAGGCUUAUGAAGAGUCAAAUUGAUGGAAAUGAGGACAUCGUCAUGCCUGGUACUAAGGUCGGAGACAGUCGUAUGCACCUUCAGCUUGCAAAAUAUAUCGAAAAUGAUAAAGAAGUUGAUAAUAUUUACUCCUCUACUAGAUCUUUGAAUAACAAAUUAAAAUCAACUGAUAAGUACUUGGAUCAUAUAACAAAUCCUGAGAUAGUUCCUGGAGGGAGUCCUUAUAAGGUGCCUUCUUCGAAUCCUAACGAGAGACAAGGAAGUUGUAAUUUGAUGCAGUCUUUCUCUCGUCCCAUCCACAAGUCUAUUACUAACAUAAAUUCAGUAAAAUUAUUCAGGGAUGAUAUGCAAAAGAUAAAUUCUCGGAAUAAAAGGAUAGAGACCUUUAUGAACAACACAAAGAUGGAAAAGCUGAGAGAGUUAAAGCCGAAGACCAAUAGAAGGCAGAGGUCGGUGAACCUCUAUAAGAAAAUUGAGGUUCAGGCUCCAAAGACAUCUCUCUCCAUAGGAAAGAAAUGUGCGGACCCUAAGAAGGCUAAUUCAAGGACACAGAACUCUAUUGGAUAUAAGAACAAUCUUGAGAAGGAAAGAUACGUUAGAAAUUUAAAAAUUAUGAAAAACAAGGAAAAUUUUCAGAAAGUUGCUCAGAUUUCGAACUAUCGAAAACAAAGUCUGAAGGAGAACCGUGCUUCUGUUGAUAAUAAAGCAGCUGAAAGGUUUAAAGGAGGUAAUGACCAAGCUGGGGUUAAGAAAGCAGGGGAUAUUGCGUUUAUUGGAAAAGAACUUGAUAGACGCAUUGCCAAUAAGAGGAGUGUUGAGUCAUUGAAAUUUAUAAUCUAAG